AUGGAGGGAAUCCGGCCUACACAGAUCGAAAGCAAAUGCACAACAAUGUGGCUUCUCAGAGUCGAAGGGGACCUCGUAAGAGGUAUCACUAGACGACACGAUGUGGAUGCUAGUGGCAAAUUCUUCGUGAGGGUAGCCAAUCCGUGCGUGGGUGACAGUGGAACGAGCGAGUCUGAGAAACUAGAACAUCGCACAAAAAGUGAAGAAAAUAGAAGAGAAGAGAAAAGACGAGACAAGGGUCAUUGGAAUACUGAAAUAUUCGAGAAACCAAUAAACUCAAAGAUCAAACACGCACGAAUCCAACCUGAACGACCGCAUCUCUGGUCCCCGACACCUCUGCGCGCGGCGCUCACUUCCCGGCCGCGACUCCGGUCACAUCCAUUUCGACGCUGCAGCUUUUCUCCAUUGCCGAUGCCGCGUCUGGUUCGACGGCUUCUACGCCCCACCGCGACCGACUGUUCCCCACUGCCCGCCUGCUCGCUCGAUCCGGGGGAUUUCCGGAUAGUGCAGAUCGCCUCGGGCCCUCGACGUCACCGGUCACCACAAGUGGAGAGAGCCGACGUCAGACAAGAGGAACCUGCAACCUCCCCCGCGACAACCCGAAGAGACACCGAGAAGCCGGUCUCCGCCUCCCGAAAUAAGCCUCCCCGAUUCUUCGCGGGCGACAGCAACAAACAAGCGCGAGCUCGAGAGCGACACUCCCUCCUCCUCCUCCUCCUCCGAGGGAGCCAUCGAUUGGACCGUUGCCAGGAAGGGAUGCUCGUCGCGGCAUCUGCAAGAUUCCGCAUGCCCAGGCCGCAAUUUUGUGCGUAUGCUGAACCAUAUGAACGCUCGCUCUCUCAGCGUCAACGGAUCGUUAUCUCAACCGACUCGACUCCACGGCAGCGGUCAGCAGGCAGUCAACUACGCAUCUCGCAGCUUCCACCGAUGCCGUACCACGUUCAACAACCCGGCCGUGCGCUCGUACGAUGUAGACCGGUCAAGGGCUUGACUUGCUCCUUCCGGUCUCCCUUUCUCCCGUGCCGUGUGGAGGAGCUCAACUUCAGCUGCCAGUCCACAUCUGAACCGCCUCCGAACAUCUCUAUCCACUUGAAUCUUCCAGGGCCUGAUUGAGCCAGAUUGAGCUCUUCCUUCUUACUUCGAUCUGCAGGUUCUUGAGCACGACACGAAACAUCGUGGCCAGAUAGUGAUCGAUAUGUCCCUACCAAGUUUUAGACAUACAGUGAAUGGUGAAGGAUCCCUGCUCCGGUCACAAGCUCAAGUGGGCGAAAUUGGCAACCUCGAUUCAUCAUCAAACCCCAGGACCUCGAUCUGAGCUACGGUGACUGUAGGAACAUACGGAACAUCUUCCUGCCACUCUGCGUGUACAGAGUGAAUGUCCUGCCGAGGAACCACGAUGUCAAAUGUCGACAAUAAUUGAUACAUACGUUAAUAUAUUUUUAUUUGUUUAUUUGUUUGUUUCGACUUAUC